UUCUCAUUUUAUAUAUUUUUUGUAUUCUUCCUCUUGUAUAAGAAUUGCAUCCCAGUUGUAGCGCAAGAUUUCUGCAGGAAAUCUCUCUCUACAACUUCGGGGGCUCGGGUUUUAUUCAACGACACCCGCCGAUUCGACUUUGACUCGGUCCCCCAACCCGCGACGCCAGUCUCCCUCCUUCGGCGGCGAGGUACCCGCCGUAAUUUGACUUCCGGCCGUUUGCUUCUGCUGCUACUUCGUUAAGCUACAAUGGGCUCCGUUGCGCAGGGUUUUACCAAGUCUCUGGCCAUGACUAUUCUGUCCGAGAUCGGCGAUAAGACCUUCAUCGCCGCCGCGAUAUUGGCAAUGCGUCAUCCAAGGAGGCUUGUUUUGGCAGGAUGCCUGGGUGCAUUGAUCGUCAUGACUAUGCUUUCUGCUGUUGUCGGUUGGGCUGCUCCAAAUCUGCUCUCUCGUACAUGGACACAUCAUAUCACGACAGUAUUGUUUUUUGGCUUUGGACUUUGGUCCUUGUGGGAUGGGUUUAAAGGAGAUGGGGAUGCUGAUGAAUUGGCUGAAGUUGAAGCAGAAUUGGAUGCUGACUGGAAAUCUGGUGCUGGAGCGAACAAGGAAGAUAGCAAGAAUGGUGAUGAGUCGAAAAAGAAAAAGCGGCCAUUUAUGGCACAGUUCUUUUCACCGAUUUUGUUGAAGGCAUUCUCCAUUACAUUCUUUGGUGAAUGGGGUGACAAGAGUCAGCUAGCUACUAUUGGUUUGGCUGCUGAUGAGAACCCUUUUGGUGUUGUUCUUGGCGGGAUUCUAGGACAAGCAUUGUGUACAACUGCUGCUGUUGUAGGAGGGAAGAGCUUGGCAUCACAGAUAUCUGAGAGAAUGGUUGCCCUCUCAGGUGGAAUUCUAUUCAUUGUUUUUGGCAUCCAAUCCUUUCUUUCCGACGUCAACUAAAAGAAGCUUUGUAAACUAUACUAACGAGGGAUAGGAAAGGUGGUUCCUCUAGUCUUAGAAACCAGUCAUGCAUGAAAGAAGUCUGCUAUUAAUUUAGCGCUCAGCCAAGUUCCAGAGCGCUACUCUGUCUUGUAACGGAAGAAAGGUCUGUCGGAACGACGAAUAUACCAGGCCAUAUUUCUAGCUUCGGAGAAUGUUUUGGUGGGACUACUGUGGCUGAGCAGAUGACUAACAUGCCUUUACUUGAGGACUUGAAUUAGAACAUUUUCCUUUUGCCACUGUUUUUGUCACCUCCAACAAGUCCAUGGGGGAUACUCCGAUCUUCCUUGACCUCACUCUCAAUAGACAAGUCUGUAUUAUUGAACAAUGAACAUAGACAAAAUUGGAUUAAACAUUAUGAAGGACUUCUUUUCCAGAAUGUAUCUUUUUUCUCUGGCAAAACUACUACCACAGUUGUUAAAUACUAGGAUUCAAGUCCAUGAAUAGGGUAAAAGUUCCUUUAUUCAAAAGGACAAACCAUUUGCCACCACUUUUGCAUCUAACUCAUUGGAAGUUACAAGUAUUACACCACAUAUUCUUAUCAUUUUCAGUCUUGUUUUCAUAUAUACACACACUAUCCAAUAGAACUAACAUAGACACUGUAGAGAAGCAACCUCGAGAGAAAUCUUAUCAUUCUGGAUCUGGCCUCACUGCCUCAUUCAACAUCCACCGCUGGCAGGUUCAAUUGAACUCAACAGCCCGUUUCCUCUCAGCUGCGUGCAAUGGUCCUCCGCGUCAGCUUGAGCGCAAAUAAUCACCACAGCUAGGCCAUUGUAGUGUGCCUCUUGCAUUAUGUUCACCGCAUUGUCCACUGUCAUCCCGGGUAUAACUUUCAUCAAAACUUGGACCACGUAUUCCCGUUUGUUGAAGUUGUCAUUGUGCAACAUCACGCGAUAAGGGGGUGACAUUUUCCUCGAUUUCCUCAAGUCAAACUCAGAGUCACGGCCAGGAGUGGUUUUCUCAAUCACUGGUCUGUCAAGUACACCUCCCCCUUUACCUGGCGCUGCUGCUGAUACUGCCAUGAGAAUUCCACGAACGCUACAUCUUCCUCGACAUAGAGAGUGUUUAUCCCCUGACGAUACAUUAGCAAAUAUCGGUAAAGGUCAAACAACAUAGGGCACCCAAUAAAUAUCCAAUUAUCCAUGCAUUGCAAUACGACUUCUGUUCAAGGGUACUUUGUAACAUACAGAAUGUGCCCAAAGGUUCAGAAACCAUGGAAUAUAUGAUACGUCAACAGAGGCAGAACAAUUAAAACCUAGCAAUCGAGAAACACAUCCCAUAGAUAACUAGUCUUAGCUUGUGGCCAAGAAUCAAUAACAUAGACGGAAAUGCAGUAUUGCAUGGAGACCUGUAAACUACCCAAAUAUGCAAUUUACAAGUUUACAAAUCUGAUGAAUUGGAAAGCGAUAAACAAGAAACCAAAGAAACAAUGUAGUACCUUCCAAAAGCAGUAAUAGUAAAGUUAAAUCUAAAAAAGGGAACUCCUACAAGCCAUCCAUGAACCAUGAUGGUUCUGCAUCAUGCUACGACAUGUGCCAUUGUGUAAAAAUGCAUGUGCGAGAGCAAUGAACACUAGAGUCAGGCAGGCUGUAUAUUAAAUUCAUUCAACUGCCAGUAUCUAAUGGCCUAAGCUAAAGCAAGCACAUUACAAUACCUGUUAGCAGAUAGUUUCAGGGCAACCUAAGCUCUGAGAGAUUCUACCCAUCCACAAAACUCCAUGGUGGUUCCCACCAAUUCCACCAACAAAGCAAACAGUAAAACAAAAACCAGCUACUGUUUGUAGACAACUUCGCAUACAACCAAUUCUCCAAUGCCGGACGAAUCCUAAAAGUCGACUGUCAUGGUGUUGUUCGACCAGUUGCUCUAAGAAACAACAUGCAUGCAGCGAUACCAGAGUCCUCAAUUACUAAUAAGUCAGUCAGUCUGUCAGCCCUCAACAAACUGAACUACAGCGUUGAACUAUCAAUUCGGGUUUCAUACUUUCAUCUACUAGGCAGAACUGAUAGAGAGCUUCUAUUCUAUUCACCAUUCCAGGAAAACAAAAGAAACCCAAUUGAAGACUCAAAAUACUGAAAAUAAACCACCCAAA